UCAUGCUCCACCCCACCCCCAAUUCCAAUACCGUACAUGUUAGCACUUGGGAGCCCCUCGGGGAAACUGGUAUAGGAUCCUGAUUGGAACCCUUGGAUGUGACUGAGAGUUCUGCCUCAACUUGUGGUUGGUUUGUUUCAAAGUACCAUGGCCUUGAGUGGAAACUGCAGGACUUACCUCCCUCCUAGAGAACAAGGGACAGUUGUGCAAUCCUUCCCCGAGGUAAUAGAACUGAAUGUGGGCGGCCAGGUUUAUUUCACUCGCUACUCGACUCUAAUAGGCAUUCCCCACUCCUUGCUUUGGAAAAUGUUCACCUCCAAGAGAGAGACAGUCAAUGAUCUAGCAAAGGAUUCCAAGGGAAGGAUUUUCAUCGACAGAGAUGGCUUCCUCUUCCGCUACAUUCUGGACUAUCUCAGGGACAAGCAGGUGGUCUUGCCUGACCACUUUCCAGAAAGAGGAAGGCUCAAGAGGGAAGCAGAGUACUUUCAGCUCCCAGACUUGGUCAAACUUCUGACUCCCGAUGAGAUCAAGCAAAGCCCCGAUGACUAUUGCCAUAGUGAUUAUGAGGAGGUUUCCCAAAGCAGUGACACAAGAAUAAGUGCCCCAUCGUCACUCUUACCUUCGGAUCGAAAGUGGGGCUUCAUUACCAUUGGCUACAGAGGGUCAUGCACCAUGGGCAGGGAGACCCAAGCCGAUGCCAAGUUCAGGAGAGUCCCAAGGAUUUUGGUUUGUGGAAGGAUUGCUUUAGUCAAAGAAGUUUUCGGAGAAAGUUUGAAUGAGAGCAGAGACCCAGACCGGGCUCCAGAUAGAUACACCUCCAGGUUCUAUCUGAAGUUUAGGCACCUGGAGAGGGCUUUUGACAUGUUGUCAGAAUGUGGAUUCCACAUGGUAGCAUGUAAUUCCUCGGUGACAGCUUCUUUUGUCAAUCAAUACACUGAUGACAAGGUUUGGUCCAGCUACACGGAAUACGUCUUCUACCGUGAGCCCUCAAGAUGGUCUUCAUCACACUGUGACUGCUGCUGCAAAAAUGGCAAAGGAGAUAAAGAAGGAGAAAGCGGGACAUCCUGCAAUGAACUCUCCACCUCUAGCUGUGACAGCCAGUCAGAAGCCAGCUCCCCACAAGAGACUGUUAUCUGUGGCCCGGUUACCCGCCAGUCCAAUAUACAGACUCUGGAUCGACCAGUCAAGAAAGGCCCCGUCCAGCUACUUCAGCAGUCUGAAAUCCGGAGGAAAAGCGACUUGCUCCGAACUCUAACUUCUGGCUCUAGGGAAUCCAACUCGAGUAAAAAAAAAGCAGUGAAAGAGAAGCUCUCGAUUGAGGAAGAAUUAGAAAAAUGCAUCCAGGAUUUCCUGAAAAUCAAAAUCCCAGACAGGUUUCCAGAAAGGAAACACCCCUGGCAAUCUGAACUGCUACGAAAGUAUCAUCUAUAGGAGUGGGGCAGGGCCAGGGAAAUCGGUUUAAGUUACAGUUUACUGAAUUAGAUUCAACCUGGCAAAGAAAUAAAUAAUGAUGAUUUGUUA